CGUAGGUCAGUCGUGCGCUCUGAUGGAUGUUUUUGUGCAGAUUAGGGAACGGGUUGUGGGGAAAUGGUGGGGUCAGUUCUGGAGGCAGGAGGCCGGCCAGAGGCCUCGCGGGGUUCCAAGUGGAGAGGAGACCAGGGAAGCAUGUACUUGGAAGUUUACACAGUUCACAGCACCUGCGUGGCAUCGUCUCGCUCUUACCGAGUUAGAAAUGUCAAAUGAUUUAGGAGACCGUCUUAGGACCAAGUGGGAAAAGCCGGCCCGCUGUGGGAAGAUAGCCUUUGUUUGCCAAGCUCAGGCCCAGAGAGGACCCCUGCUGCCUCUCGCUGAGGUGGUGGGGUGUCCCGUGUGUCCCCUACGCCAUCCUGUGAAGGGCUGACACGGCUGAUGUCCCUCCGCCCCGGUGUUCUGCACACACUUGCCACCUCACCCCCUGGCUUCUCUCUCAUUACCUCCAACUUCAUUCUCCGGUUCUUCGCUCACAUCGCCUCUCUCCCGGGGGCGGCCCUCAUCCUUCCUCUGUCUCGGGCGGAGGGAGUGCCUGUUCCCUGUGCUCGUAGCGUGUCCUCCAAACGUCGUCAAAGUCCUGCACUGGAGCUGUUGGUCUGUCUCCUGCUGGGCUGCCUGUAAUUGCCAGAGAGAGGAAUUUUUUGGUCAUAGAGUAUAAAAAUGGCUACCCCAUGUCCCUGUGACUAAAAAAGAAAAAAAAGGUAAGAUUCUGGGCAAUUAAAUAUUUAGAAAAUAUGUUUUCUUUUACACUUCUCAGUUCCAAGGUGCAGAGCUUUGAAGGAAAUGGAUUUAAUUAAAAAUUCGGGGUCAGACUGUUACUGCUACCAUCAGAAAACCCAAAUCGAGUGGAAAUAUAUAUGGUCAACUGUGCAGGUGAGGAUCACCAGCGCAGAGCUGCUCAGUGUUGCGUAUAUCACAGAAAGUCACAACUGCCAGGACCCAGAGACCGUCCUUUCUCUGAUCCAGUGUGCGAUCCACGCGUUCUGGACCCCGAGCGAGUCGCAUGAAAUAUCCGUGAGCGUCCGCCCACACGGGGAGACCGUGUGCCUCUCUGUGAAGCCGGCCGGGAGGCACACGGUGCAGGUGACUCGCAGGGCUGUGGAUUUCGGGCUCGUCCUCCUGUUCGUGGCCGGCAUCGUCCUCUUCCGCCUGGCGGAGCGCUUGAGUCAGAGCCCCGCUUUCUAUUACUCCCUGGGGACGGCACUCGGCGUCCUGAUGACACCGGUCUUCCUGCUGCUGCUGGUGAGGAGGUGCAUCCGUAAGUGCAGCACCUUUGGGGCUGUGAUGGUUGCUUGUUGGUUUGCUUCAGUGUAUGUGGUGUGCCAGUGGAUGGAGAACCUGCCGUGGCUGUGGGGUGAGCACAGGAUGUAUGUUGUAGGCUACGUCUUGACAGUUGGGUCUCUCAGCUUUGCUGCCUGUUACAGACGCGGGCCCCUGGUCAAGGAGAGGAGCCAGCGCCUCCUGGCGUGGACGCUGCGGCUCCUGGCCCUGGCCCUGACCUGCGGCGGCGCCCCCGUGCCUCAGGUCGCGUGGACCACCGUCGGCCUCAUGCUGCUGCCCCGGGGUCUGCACUACCCGGCGAGAGCCCUCAGGAACGUGAGGAAGUGGCUGGCGUCCCGAAGGCUGGCGUUCAAGUACCUGACUGAGGAGCAGUACCGGGAGCAAGCUGCCGCCGAGACCACCCGGGCCCUGGAGGAGCUGCGCCAGGCCUGCCGCCGGCCCGAUUUCCCGUCCUGGCUGGUCAUGUCCCGGCUCCACGCACCGAAAAAGUUUGCAGACUUCGUCCUUGGAGGAAGCCACUUGUCGCCCGAAGAAAUGCGUCUUCACGAAGAGUACAGCCUGGGGGGCGCCUUCCUGGAGGAGCAGCUCUCACCCGCAUCCUGGGCCUGCCAUCGCCACUGCCCUCGAGUGAAGAUCUCCACUCGGAACAGGGGACUGUGUUGGCCUUCAGGGGCCAGCGAGCCCGGAUGGUGCCGGCGCAGGCGCUGGGAGGCCGACCCGUGCGCCCAGCACGUCCUAGUGCUGAUCAGCGCUGCUCAGGACGGGGAUUCUCAGGUCAACUCAGAUGGACACCGCGUGCAGCGGGACUGCCCAGGGCCUUUAGGGAGACGACGAUUCCUGGGCUCACGUGUGGAGAACGUGCUACUGAUGGAGGCGCUGGGGUCUGGGAGGCGCAGCAACUUGUCCCAGCCCACACUCAGCGGCCGCGCGGGGCGGCGCGUCAGCCCUGGCAUGGCCCACGGCCGGGCACCCGUUCUCGACCUGAAGCCCCUUCGGGAGGGCGUGCUCUGCACUGAGAUGUGUGAGAGGCUGCAGCCUUCCUAUGGCCCAGGAGUCCCGUUGCCUUGA